AUGUCUAUAUUUAAAAUUAAGCAAUGGUGGUCGAACAAAAAGCUUUUAGAUGAUAAUAAUAAUGAAGGUUUCCAAAAUGCCAACAGCAUCAAAGUGGAGAGGUUUGACUGCCACAGCGACAGUGAUACCAUCAUCGUCGGUGAUGGCUCCAUCAUUCGUAUUUACAAACCUUAUGUAGAACAAAAUGCAUCAAAUAUAAUAAUAGAAUCUCAAUUGAAUGAUAUUAUAUUACAAGUGGGCACAGGAAAAUUUACUAUGGACGCCCACGAUCGCCAAAUUAUUGUACUACAUCCAAAAAGCUUCGCCGUGUAUUGUUUAGACAGAAAAGAAGGGCAUAUUGAUCUUGGUGACCAAAACUCCCUCAGAAGUGUUAUAAAGCACUCAUUCACGAGACGAGCAUGUAGCCUUAUUGCCGGCCCCUUCGGAAGUUCUAAAAGCCGAGACUACAUCUGCAUUCAGUACUUGGACGGGUCCUUGUGUUUCUUCGACCAGGACACGUUUUUGUUCAUGUGCAUUUAUAAUGACAUCAUCAUACCCGGGCCAGUGUGUUACGUACCGAGCAGCGAUUUGUUUCUAAUAUGCAAGUCUACUUGGAUAUUGGAAACUUACAGCUACCAACAACUAGGCGAAUUCAGCGAGCUAAGUGUAAAGACGGGCAAAAAGAAUAUACCUCAAUGGACGUAUAACCCUGGAGAAGAGAUAUUGUCACUUCAAGUUAUACGGACCAGCAGCAACUUUUCGAGCAUCAUCGCUCUAGGAGAGAGACAUCUCUACUGCUUUCAGGACAAUGGACUCAUGAAGUACAUGAUCAGAUUUGAUUAUGUGCCGACUUGUUUCCACGCUUAUUUGAUUGGGUGGUAUUAUGAACCAAACUCACGGCUUUUAAUCAUGGUAGCAUCAGAAGACUCCAAGCUAAACGUAUACGAAUCCUCAACGCUGUUAUGGUCAUGUGACUUGCUGGACAAGGCCAUAUCGCUCUCGAGGUGCUACGUUAGAAACCUCUCCGGUGGUGUUGUCAGUUUGUCCGUCAACGGGAUCGUGAAUAUCGGCUACUUGGGCACAGAACCGGACUUAAACGCGAGCGGGGCGAAUAUGCACGAAGUGGUAGAUCCAGAGCAGAUACAAAAUGAGUUGAAAGAUGUUGAGGAAUCGCUGGAAAUGAUAUUAGGGUCUAAAGAAGAUGCAAAUGAAGGAUCCUCAACAAUCGAAAAAAUACUACACAUAAAAGUGGACAUCGGCAAACCGGUGAAUUCAAAUUACAAAUUUUCGAAUGACCAAGAAUUGAAUACAUCUUCCGUUGUGACAAUAUUGACUUGCGAGGAACCGAAUUUGAUUGAGAGCAUUCAAAUUACAUACAACUAUCAUGAACCUAUAGUAUGUACGGAAAAUACAAUAUGCUUGGAGAACAUAAACGGUACAGAAAUCAUUGAAACCGGAGUUUAUAUAGAUGGAGAUAUGGAUGUGUAUGACACACGAGUGUCUAUAGUAUUUACUGUUAUAGACAGCACUGGGAAAAUAAGUAUCAUUUCCAAAGAAGUGCAGCUGCCUGUAUCCUUGUUUUGUAGCCCGGUUGACGCUGUGCCGAAGAACAAUGCGAUAUUGUCAGUUAUAUGUAACCAGUCUUUUGAUGUGGCAGAUAUUUUUUCAGAUUUCACUAAAGAAGAAUUAAACAAUUAUGUCACAUCUAAUUCCAUAACUUUUGCAUAUCGUACAAGCAACAAAACAGUCACAAUAAAAGCAGUAGAGAAGUCUUAUGUAUUCGAAGCAGAUGACUAUUGUGAUAUCUACCCUAUAUUCGUUUGUUUCUUAUAUCAUUUUAAUAACCAUUGUAUCAGACAUGACAUCAAAGACAUACAAGCGAAUAUAGAAAUAACUGCAGAUUUGAACAGGAACGUAACAAUGAGAUUUUUAAAGUGUAUUGAGAAUCACGCGAAGCAGAGAAACCUGUUGAAAACUUAUGAGAAUGAGCUAAACAUACUCCAAAAGCAGUUUACUCUGGUACAGAAGAGGCUGCUAGUCCAAUACGGUUCCGUACCGCCAGGGGACUGUGCUUCGCUGGAGUUUCUCAUGAGAGAUACACACGAGCGGAUAGUUAACGUCGCUAAACAGACUUUGGUGCACAAGAAUAAUGUCUGCAGCGCGGGAAAUUCUUUGUGCGCUGUCGGCCAUCUUGUCAUUUAUAUACUCAAGCAAAUGGCGCCUGACGAUUUCAAAGUUAAACUUAUAGAGGAAAUGCUAUCUUUGGACACUAUAAGCAAACAGUUUCAGGAAUGGGAAGAAAGUGUUUUUCAAGCAUCAUCAUAUUUCAUCAAGAACGUUCUAAAGAAAUCCGACAAAGAUAAUGAAAAGCUAGCCCCAGUUACUGACCAGGAUAUACUAUCGAACAACAAUUUGAAGAAGUUUAUCAAACAAAUUCGCAUCAUAUUAGAGAGGGUAUUCAAAGAUGUAACGGGCAAAGAGGCUAUCACAAGAAUAGAAGAGUUGGUUGAAGUUAUAUAAUUGACAGCAAAAUUUACAAAAUCCCUCAAUAAAGAUAUUAUUACAAACA